CUCUCUYUCCUCUACAUAACCAACAMAGCGGCCGGCRAUAUAGAUAGUAACAUGGCUGAAAAACCUAAUGCUGCUCCGGCCGACGACUGGCGAAAGUCCGUGCUCCAGUCCUACCGGAACAACGAGGUUGUUGCAAUUGCCAAGGUGUUGGCAGACCUGGAGACAUCAGAAUCUAUAACYCCAACCUCAAAGAUGGAAUUGGCGUGGCGCUUUGAAGACUCAAUUUUCAAGGCAGCGAAAUCCCUCCCCGAUUACCGCAAAAAGAUUGAAAGGAGGCUGAACAAGGUACGAAAAAAUUUCAAGCCGAARGCGGAGCCUGCCAAGGCAGAAGGAGCGGACAAUACCGAUGCAAAAGAGGAACUUAAGAACAAACUCAAGCAGGUCUAUGGAAAUGAACUUCGCUACAUUGCCUACAAUKCGGACGCUGCUCUGGAGGACCUUAGGCUCAAGUUGGGUCCAGAAAAGGCCAAUAAGCUCAAGGAGCACACGGAUUCCUGUGAAGACUGGGCCGUUGACCUAGGAGUUCUCUCGGAGGAAGAACUGGCCGAUAUUCKUAAAAAAAGAGGCAACACGGAAGAAAAUAUGCGGYGCAAACSAUCGAGUCAGUCGCUCUCCUUUUCGCAGCUACAGMGAAUAGAACAGCACUUGCAAGCCCGRGUCAAGAACAUUCGAUCCUACGUAGUCAAGCACGCCGAUCCGCACCGAUUCAUGCAGGAGACCCUCCUGAGUAGGGACGUGACAUUUUCGAAGCACGCAGCUGCUGGCAACAUGCUUCGAGAUGUUUUGAGGGGGAUGAUCAGCACCCAAAAGGAUAAACUUCAACAGGCAUCGGAUGCUACCAGUGAUAGAACAACCGCGGCUGUUUCUACUAGCAGAGAGAACGACGAAGAUCCUUUGAUAGUUCUYCAAAAGGCGCUAGAAAAAGCMCUUGUCGGAGUCCCUCCACCGACCCGACAGGAUUCCCGACAGCUCGAGGCAAGUUUGAGGCACCUGGAUAAAAUGCGAGCCGCUUCCACGGCCAUGAUGAACUACUGGCUMCUUCCGGGGGACCAGCGMCUAACAUCCGCCCCAAGGGAAUCUUUGGAAAAGRUAUUUGAGGUGAUCGACGAUGGGAUGGAGUUUGUGCUGGAGGCUGUGAAGAAACUYGAACAGCAAAAAAGAAACAAGCCUGGAUUAAGCAGCAGCUUGAGAGAGAAGGRUACUAUUGRCGAAGGAACAACAAAAGUAUCCCUUCAAGAUGCUUGGUCGAAAACUAUUGAGUUGCCCUCGAAUGCACCGAUUGUUGUCGAUGAUGAGAGCACAGGUUCUAGUAGUAACAAAAGACCUCGAACUAAUUCCUUCCGACCKUAUUACAAAACCCGAAUACUCUUUCGCCCGAACCGAAGAACACCGCCGCAACUAUUGGCUGCGAUACGGAGAAAGGGAGCACAUCUAAAGCUAGCCAAUUCUGGUGACACGAACGCCAUACAUCUGGUCUUGGACUUUGAWACAGCCUUUUCUAUGACCAUUUACUUCUCGCCGCUCACGGUGACCUUGCGGGCCAAAGCUGUCAAGGAAGCCACAAGUGGCAACGACACCAAUAGCGAAGGUCCCACGGCAACCUGGCAUCAUCUAUCUCACGGACUUACACCGUGGGGAUCCACCCUCGACAGCAGCGAUUUUCUCCACCGACGGCGAGACAGAGAAGAGCAGAAACUCAGUGUGUGGGGCGUGACGGGGAGCUACGAUGAUAUUGGUCGGGUAGUUGAAGAACGCCUCCGGGAUGCCUCCACGCAUGCUACUUCUGUCCURCGACAAUGCUUUCGGAACAAGGUCGAGGACAAGACUAUUGAUUACGAAGUAGAGCUUCUGGAGGGAAGCGCCCUUUUGGAGUUUUUACGACUAUCCCGCUCCACCUACACGCCCCACUGGGAGGACAAGGAUMUUUGAGUUCGCAUACCAGCAGAAGAAUCUAGUGCACGAAAAGAUUUGACGUCUAACGAAUAGAAUAACCUUUUCUCAAUUAGAGGAAUAGCUUGCUUGUGAAGAUUCAUUGAUUUUUGAAAUAGAACUUUUGCGAACAAGAUGAGAUGAGACUAGCACACCUUGCCUCCUGCCAAUAGAAUCACAAUAAAACA